AUGCUGGUGUUCUGGCCAUCCGAUCUAUUAUCCCCUUACUACUUCAAUAAGAAAUGUUAUGUCGUGGGUUCCAAUCUCGGUGACAAGAUUAUAGUCAUCACUACUCUGCCCUAUGAGGACACAAUCCACGAAUUGAAGUAUAAGGAUGAUACUUUACCCCUGACAAUUGUGGCAACUUUGAACUUUGAAAAAGAUUCAUUGUUGACACUCCACUAUAAUGCGGAAGAAUCCACUGUAAUUGGUCCCACUUAUGUCACUCUUGUUGUGUUUAAACCACCUGAUUCCUCCAACUUAGAGUACUAUUCGAGUCUCCCAAUCUCUAUUGAGAUCUCCUGGACUAGCAGCAAAGCGUUGGUAUCUAGUGGUGGAAGCUUUCGUGAUCUUGAAGAUGUCGAAAUGGUUCCUGAUUUAGCUAGAAAGAUGGAGCUUCAUACUUUGAAAAGGGGAUCCAGCGAUGAUUCUUUAAUGCUGGUACUCAAAUAUAUCAACCUGAACAACUACUUACGAUCAAAAUUCACUAAGAAAUAUGCGAAUCAGCUUAAUUAUAUUGACCUUUGUCCUUGGGUUUUCAAUGAAUCUUUGAAAUCUAAAUUGAUAAAGAUACUGCUUAGUAUUUUGCAAGGCAAGUCGAUCACCAAAGUCGUUCAGUUAUUGGCGUUGAUUACCCGUAUUAUCUUUUAUUUUGUACAAGCGUGGUGUUUGAUGGUAAUCAAGGCUCUCAACUAUCGGUUCUGGGGACAAUACAGUCUAGCAUCCAUGUCGUAUUUUUUUCAUCAAUGGGAAAAAAGAUCUAAUCAGUUGUACCAUUUACCCUCACAGUAUCAGAAAACUAAACAAGCCACCAAAGACUCAGAAAUUUCACUUAUCACAGGAACAAAGUUUUCUCCAGCUGAGUACAUAAAGCUCUAUAACUCCUUAUGGCUUAUAUUCAAUGAUCUGGUUCUUGGGUACGUGGUUGCGACUUAUUUGUGGAAUAACGAAUCUGCAGCCUCUAAAUUUGUUCUGGAUUGGCUGGUUUCCAGGGUCCUGAUUGACAAACUUAACAAUGUCAUUAUUUGGUUACAACACUCUCCAGCAGGUUUCAAGCUCAAUAAUGAACUUUGUGAGUUUUUUGGAGAAAUGUUCAGUCUAGUGUUGAGUUUGUGGAUACAUGCCGUUAAACACACCCUAUUCAAUCCUAAGUUAUUCAAACUUUUGAUACAAAUGGUCGCAAUUGCCUCUGUUAGUGGAGGUGUUUCAUUUUUCAUAUCCAUUCUACUUGACUUGCAUACGCUGGUGACAUUCCACAUACAAUCAUUCUAUUACACAUCCAUGAGACUAUAUCAUUGGCAGUCAAAUAUAAUCAAAUCCUUGUUCCGGCUGUUCUGUGGUAAGAAGUAUAACAUUUUACGUCACAGAAUAGAUUCCAAUCCCUACGACUUUGACGAACUUUUGCUGGGAAUAAUUUUGUUCACAAUAUUCAUUUACCUUCUUCCGACGGUGUUUGCGUUUUAUCUUACCUUUGCCAUUAUGAGGUUAACCUGUUUAGCAAUUGGCUCCAUUCUAGUGGUUUUUCUGAUCCUACUAAAUUAUCUACCUCUCAUUGCAUUCAUUGUAAAAUUGAAAGAUGAUAGAAGGCUACCUGGUGGGAUCACGCUGACUUCUAAAAGCUCACAAUUACUGGUAUUGAAAAGCAGGCCACUCACGAUUACAGAAAUAAUACAAUCUUACGUCUAUUCGAUUAUUUUAUUUAAUCGAGUGAACUUCAUGAACUCACAGAAUUACAAAGAUACCAGCCAGCUGAAUUGGCAAUUAUCCCCCCUGGUGAUGGUAAGGAAAUUGCUCCAAGGCGAGAUCAUUGAGGGAAUUGACUACAAAACACUUUUCUGA